AUGGAAAAGUCUCCCCCGGCCGUUAGUUCCUCCAGUGAGGAGAGUCGCGACAUCUCGCUGCACAAUGUGCUUGUUGCCCACGGACUGGGACUGGCACCAGAUGGAAGCUUCGUUCGAUGGUUGGAGAAAAACCCGCGGCAUCCCCGAAACUGGUCGACACCCCGCAAGUUCUACGACCUGAUCGUUAUUCAUCUGUGUGAUUUCUUUGUUACAGUGGCUAGUAGCGCAGGGACCGCCGCGGCUAAAGCAGCGCAUGUGGAGUUCGGAAUAUCGCAAACGAUGGCAAUAUUCUGCUUUGUUUCAGUUUCCCUCAUGGGCCAGGUCCUUGGCUCCUUAAUCCUUUCCUCCUACUCCGAGACAUUUGGUCGCAAGCGAUUGUACGUUCUCAGCACGGCCAUCUUUAGCAUCGGGUGCAUCAUCAUUCCAGCUGUGCCGUCCCUAGCGGCGGUGGUCAUCGGGCGAUGGGUAACGGGGUUUGUCUCUUCGAUUCCAGCCAACGUGUUGACGGGAAGCCUCGAGGACAUGUAUAACAGUCAAGACCGGCUUUGGUGGAUGUGCAUGAUAGCCGUGGCGUCCAAUCUGGGGUUGGUGCUGGGACCACUGUUCGGAGUGUACAUCACGACGGACCUAGGAUGGAGAUGGCUGUUCUACAUCAUGGCCAUCAUCACCGGGAUCCUAGCGGGCCUGUGUAUGUUCAUCCGAGAAUCACGACCCGCCCUUGUGCUGGCCCAUGAAGUCGCCCUCUUCCGUCAAACAACCGGCCUCGACACCCCGCCACCCCUCAACCCGGACCACAGCCCUGACUUCCGCACAUUCGCGCGAACGACCCUCCUCCGCCCCAUUCAGCUGUACACCGAGCCGAUCGUCUGCUGCGUCGCACUCAUGAACUCGACGACCUUCGGACUCAUCUACCUCUUCAGCGACGCGCUGCUCCCGAUAUACGAAAACAUGGGGUUCGCACAGCCACAAGCCUCGCUUCCCUUCAUCGCCAUGGCCAUCGGGGUCAUCCUCAGCCUGGGCAUGCGCCUCGUCGACCGAGUCAUCAUCCGCCGCCGCAUCAACAGCGGGCGAACCCUGCUCCCAGAGCACAAGCUGACCGGCCUCUGCGUCGGCACGCCCAUGCUAGCAAUCAGCCUCUGGUGGUUCGGGUGGACCAUCCCGCCGCGCAUUCAAGGCCUGCACUGGAUGGUGCCGACACUGCCGCUCGUACUACUAGGGUUCGCCCUGAACGAGUUCCUCACCGUCAUGCUGGGCUACCUCGCAGACAGCUACCUCUGCUACGCGGCGAGCGGCCUCGCCGCCGUGGCGCUGCUGCGGGGCGUCUUCUCAGCAGUAUUUCCACUAUUCGCGGGCCACAUGUUCUCGUCUCUGGGGGCGAACGUGGCGACGUCCGUGCUAGCCUCGUUGGCAACGGUGUAUUGUUUCAUCCCGCCGCUGUUUGUCCGAUACGGGCCGCAAAUCCGGGCGCGCAGCCGGUUUGCGAAGCAUAGCUUGCGGACGCACGAGGCGACCUGUAUAGACAAGGAUCAGUUUGUGACGGUCGCGAAUUAG